AUGGCUGUCCGUAGCAUCAGCAUUGGGGCCAAGGUCCCUUCGGUGCCAUUGUUCGAAGGCUCCCCAGGAAAUUCCGUCAAUCUUGCGGAAGAGUUAGCUCAAGGAAAGUCGGUUUUGAUUGGUGUUCCAGGCGCCUUUUCGCCAGCAUGUUCUGCCUCCCAUGUCCCAGGCUUCCUCAAGAACUUGCGUGCCUUCAACGAGAAGGGCUACACCGGUUUCUAUGUUGUUGCAGUCAACGACGCAUUUGUCACUAAGGCUUGGGGAGAACAAUUGUUGGAAAACAAGGUGGCUGGCGACCAGAUCAGAUUCUUGGCCGAUCCAAAGGGUGAGUUCACCAAGGAGCUCGACUUGCUCUUCGACGCUGCUAAGUUCUUUGGAAACGACAGAUCCAAGAGAUACGCCUUGUUGGUCGAGGACGGUAAGGUGACCAACACCUUUGUCGAGCCCGACAACACCAGCGUGGACGUUUCCGACGCCGAGAAGGUGUUGAAGGACGCUUAA